GAAAUGGAAUAUCAAUCUGUUCCCCAAACUGAAUACCAAGAUCAAAAAGCUUCAGUUGAUUCAUCCUUGCUCGGAGAUGCUUAAAAGAAUUUCGCCAAAAAGGUCUUCUCUAUUGUAGGCAUUUAACUCCUGUUCACUUCAGCAGUAACAUACGGAGCUAUGAGUAAUAAAUUUUUUGAUGAAUUAUGUGAAUACCUCUAUAUACCAGCUUUAAUUGGUUCAAUUGUUACAGGAUUAUGGAUUUACUUAAGCCCAUGUAAAUUUAAAUUUUUAUUUAUUUCUAUCAAGCUUCAGCAAGAAAAUAUCCAAAGAAUUAUAUUUUACUCAGUGUCUUUACCCUCUGUGAAGCCAUCGCAUUAGCCAUUACAUGUUCUGCAAUUGGUGAUCCUGAAAUCAUUUUCCAAGCAUUCAUAAUUACAACCGGUAUCGUUAUUGCUUUGGCCACGUAUGCUAUGACAACUAAAAAUGAUCUCUCAUAUCACGGGGCUGCUGGUAAAUAUAUUCAAUUACAGAUUUAGUUUUCCUACUCUCAUUCGGUUGCUUGAUGGCUGGUCUUGUCUAUUUUAUCUUCAGCAGCUCUUUUGCAUAUUAAAUUUACUUGAUUGGAGGUGCUAUAUGUUUAGGAUUAUAUUUGGUACUAAUUCAUAAUUAACCCAGGUAUACGAUAUCUAAUUGAUCAUCGGAGACAAAUAAUUAAGAUUAACUGUUGAUGAUUACAUCUUGGGAUCCAUUAUGAUUUACACAGAUAUAAUCAAAAUUUUUAUCAGAGUUGUCAAAAUCUUAAUGAAAGAGAAGAAAGAGAAAUGAGCUUUAUUCAAUCUUCAUUAAAUUCAAUUG